UUCCCAGAAUGACGCGCGAGCCCGCCCCCAGCAGGCGCUGUCGGGCAGAGGCGCUGCUAGGGUUGGUCAGUCCCACCAGAAGCCAGCAGGGCUGGUGUUGGGGCUUCUUCUUCUGAAGGGGUUGCAAGAGGGAAGACUUAGCCAUGUCGUCCUUGAUCAAAAGGGUGAUCAGCACCGCGAAAGCUCCAGGGGCCAUUGGACCCUACAGUCAAGCUGUGUUAGUCGACAGGACCAUUUACAUUUCAGGACAGAUAGGCAUGGACCCUUCAAGUGGACAACUUGUGUCAGGAGGGGUAGCAGAAGAAGCUAAACAAGCUCUUAAAAACAUGGGUGAAAUUCUGAAAGCUGCAGGCUGUGACUUCACUAAUGUGGUGAAAACAACUGUUCUUCUGGCUGACAUAAAUGAGUUCAAUACUGUCAAUGAAAUCUACAAACAGUAUUUCAAGAGUAAUUUUCCUGCUAGAGCUGCUUACCAAGUUGCUGCUUUGCCCAAAGGUAGUCGAAUUGAAAUUGAAGCAGUAGCUGUCCAAGGACCGCUGACAACAGCAUCACUAUAAGUGGGCCAGUGCUUUGUAGUCUGGACUUGUUAACAUUUUAAUUUUUACAAUUGAUGUAACAUCUUAAUUAACCUUUUAAUUUUCACAAUUGAUAGUGUGAGCUUGAUGAAAAUAUCUGAAGUUAUUAUGGAAAUACCAUAUAAUAGGGAGAGUUGAACAUGAAUUGAAGAUUAGAGAAGGAAUCCAGUUACUGUUUUGAAUUACACCUGUAUUACUGAAUAUAGGAAAGAGAUACCCAUUACAUAGUUACUGAAUAAAUAAAAGAAAUAACAGGUAGGAAAGAAGAGUAAUUAUUCCUGAGAAAUAAUCAAGAACAUAUCUAAUUCAAACUAAUGAUGUGAACGAUUUAGUUUUCAUGUUAGGUAUGGGAUUCUGCUCUUUCUUGAGUAAAAUUUAAGUGUUUAAAUUUGAGGUCAAGGAGAAGAAAGUGGACCAAAAUUUAAUAUAGAUAAUAUUUUUCUAAUGGAAAUAAAAUAGACAUGCAUAUUUCC